GGAGUUUGUCCAGUAAAAUACAUAACACACUUUUGUUUUUUUCUUGUUAUCCUCUCUCUCUCUCAUAUCUUUCUUCUUACUUGCACUCUCAUUCCAAAAUUCUCUCCCCAUUUUUUCAUUCCUCUACAUCACUUCAACUUCCAUUCCGUGUUUUUAACAAAAACGCACUCACAAAACACGUAACUGUUUUCACUUCACUUUAAUAAACUGUUUUUGGCAGGUAUGUAAAUGGAUUGGAUGAUGAACAAAGAAUAGAAAAAGAAGGAGAGAUGAAAGAGGAAUCUACAGGAUUAAUUAUUGGGAUUUCUAUAGGUGUUGUAAUUGGAGUUGUUUUGGCUAUUUCUGCAUUGAUCUGUUUUAGAUAUCAUAGGAAGCGAUCACAGAUAGGGAAUAGUAGUUCUCGGAGGGCCGCUACGAUACCGAUUCGCGCUAAUGGUGCUGAUUCUUGUACUAUUUUAUCAGAUUCAACCUUAGCUCCUGAAUCUCCUGUUAGGUCUGGAAGAAAUGGCAUGAACUUUUGGAUUGAUGGUUUCAAGAAGACUAACAUGAUUUCUGCAUCUGGAAUACUCGAAUAUUCAUACAAGGACUUGCAAAAGGCGACGUAUAAUUUCACAACACUGAUAGGACAAGGUGCAUUUGGUCUUGUAUAUAAAGCUCAAAUGUCUACUGGUGAAACUGUUGCGGUGAAAGUUCUUGCAACCAAUUCUAAACAAGGGGAGAAAGAAUUUCACACCGAGGUUAUGUUGUUGGGAAGGUUACACCACAGAAACUUGGUGAAUCUGGUUGGAUAUUGUGCAGAAAAGGGCCAACAUAUGCUUGUUUAUGUCUACAUGAGUAAAGGCAACUUGGCUUCCCACUUGUACAGUGAAGAGAAUGGGAAUCUAGGAUGGGAUUUGAGGGUUCAUAUAGCUUUAGAUGUAGCAAGAGGCUUGGAGUAUCUUCAUGAUGGGGCCGUUCCUCCUGUCAUUCAUCGCGACAUCAAAUCUAACAAUAUUCUAUUGGAUCAGUCCAUGCGAGCCCGGGUUGCUGAUUUUGGACUUUCAAGAGAAGAGAUGGUGGAUAAACAUGCAGCUAUUCGCGGUACCUUUGGCUAUCUUGAUCCCGAGUAUAUAUCUUCAGGGACAUUCACGAAGAAAAGUGACGUAUACAGUUUUGGAGUGUUGCUCUUUGAACUCAUAGCCGGACGAAAUCCUCAGCAGGGUCUUAUGGAAUACGUUGAACUCGCAGCGAUGAACACCGAAGGGAAAGUCGGUUGGGAGGAGAUUGUUGAUUCAAAGCUCGAAGGAAAAUGUGAUUUCCAAGAGUUAAAUGAAGUGGCAGCACUUGCAUACAAAUGCAUCAACCGCGCUCCGAGGAAGCGUCCUUCGAUGAGGGACAUAGUUCAAGUAUUGACUCGGAUCCUUAAAUCAAGGCACCAGAGGAAUCAUCAUCACAAGAAUUCGCUUUCGGAGACGGCAGAUGAAGUUGCAAUGGAUGUUGAUGAGGCGGAAAAUAAGGAUUCUGUUACUACUGACCACCACAGAAGAGAUGAAUCUAUAGAUAGUACAACUGACAUGUAUGAUUUGUGACAAUAUUGUUUUACAUUUAGUUCUUUCCUUUUUGGCUUUGCAUAUGAAUAUGACUUAGAUAUUAGGAUUUGAGUGAUUUAAUGAUGCCUCACAUCAUUUUCUGUA